UUAACCGCUCGCCAGUUGAAAGUUAUUGGACAAACGAAUUCAAACCGAAGAAGUCGUUGCUCGAUUGCUCGGUGGUGUAGUGAAUGCACAGCCGAGAGUUUGUUGUUUCUUGUUUGGCACAGAGCUGGGAUAUACAGCGCAAUAAAAGGCGAAUUUUAACACUGUUAUAGUUCGAUAUAUAAGCUGCAUUUACCAUGGCGUUGAGAAGUCGACCGGCCCUUGUGAAUAUUGGGAAUCAGGAGAAUGUCGCAAAUGCUAAAGCUAAGGCCCUGGGUCUUGGACAUACCAAAAGAUCAGCAUUGGGUGAGAUAGGCAACAAAAUGAACAAUUUGCGUGGCACAAGACCAAUGUGCAAGGCAGGCAUUCAGCAUGACUUGCCAAAGAAGACAACAGCGAAACCAGCCACCUUAGAAAGUCUGAAGCUGACGGAAAAGCCACACGUUGAGCUGGCCAAGCAACUCGUUAGAAAUGAACCCUCAUCCCCACUCGUCAGACCUUCGAUUGAACAAACUCCACCGCCUGCACACCAGCAGCAAACACAGCAACCGGAUCAGGUUGAAAAGGUGUCGUUUUCCUCAGACCUUUUGAUAGAGGACAUUGACCAAGACGACAGUGGAAAUCCCAUACUUGUGUCAAUAUAUAGCAAUGAUAUAUAUGCACACCUCCGUGACCUUGAGCGGCAAACUCCUGUGGAACGAGAGUUCUUAACUGGGCAACAAGUCACUCCGAAAAUGAGAAGUGUUCUUGUCGAUUGGCUUGUUGAGGUUCAUCAACAGUUCCACCUCACUCAGGAGACGCUCUAUCUGACAGUUGCGAUACUUGAUCGAUUCCUUCAGGCGUACAGGAGUAUAGACAGAAAGAGGCUACAGCUGGUGGGUAUAACGGCAAUGUUCGUUGCAAGUAAAUACGAGGAAAUGUAUUCCCCAGACAUAAACGACUUUGUUUAUGUAACGGAUAAUGCCUAUUCAAAGCUGGAGGUCCUGCAGAUGGAGAUGGUGAUGUUGCGGACUCUGAAAUACUCUUUUGGACGGCCCCUGCCCCUGCAAUUCCUGAGAAGAUAUAGCAAGGCGGGAAAGGCCUUAGCAGUCCAUCACACAAUGGCUAAAUAUUUUCUGGAGCAGGGUCUAAUCAAUUAUGACAUGUGCCACUACCCGCCCAGUCUCGUUGCAGCUGCAGCGUUGUACCUCUCACUUUUCCUGAUUGGUAGCGAAGAAGAUGCAGAGGAAGGAAAACUCGUCUGGACGCCGACUCUAGUACACUACAGUACGUACAAAGAGGAGCAGGUACUACCAGUUGUCAGAGAAAUAGCUUUGUAUAUCAUAAAUGUUGAAAAAUCAAAGCAUCAAGCUGUGAGAAAGAAGUACACCCAGUCAAAGCACAUGAAAAUAAGUUUGCGUUCAGAGCUAAAAUCACCGACGAUGUACGACCUGGCGACAACCAAGAGGCAAGACUAGACACGUGGUACUGUGUAUAAUGUGUGUGAGAAAAUUGAUAAUAUAAUUUAAAGAAGAAUUCUACAUUCUUCGUUUAACGCAGGACACGGCGAUAUUAGUAUUUGUCGAGCAACAAAAUGUUGCUGAGCGUACGUCAUUUCGCCUGUGCGUUAUUAGAUAGCUCAAAAAAAGAAACAAUUUUCUUUUCAAAUGCAUUCGCGUUUCGAUGGAUGGAAAAGACUUCUUUUUAAAUAUCGAUGGAAAGAGUGAAUGAGUAAUAGCAAUGCUAAAAUAAAGCGGACACAAGAAAAAUAAUUCAGAAGCCACAGACAUUGAUAAAUUAAAAUUCUUAUCGCGAUUAAAACAACAUUGGUGAUUUUUCAUGCUCGAACUCUUUACAAUUAUUAUUAAUAUUAUUUUUCUUUGUUUUGAUUAUAUAUAUAUAUAUUAUAUCAGGUAUUAUACUAUAAUAUUUUAGUUUUUAUUAGUCUGCUAUUGUAACGUAAUUAUCUUUUUAUACGCGCACCACAAUUAUAUUUUAAUAUUUUACGACAGAGAGAAAUAAGAAAAACCAAUCAACCAAUUGGAUGUUGAUGUUCAUGAUACUAGCGCACUUUUCUCAAAAACUUGUGACCCCUAAUGGUAACACGGAUUUUGUGAUUAUAGCGAUAUAAGUUAGAAGAAACCAUUUGAACAAUACCGGUGAGUCUGUUGAAAUAGUAGGUAACUAAAGCAUGACAUUGGAAUGAUUCCAGGAUUUAUGAAUUGGCGUGAUCAAACUAUAACGUAUCUACAGAGUGACCCAGGAUUAUCGCCCCAUAGGCUAUCAAUGUAUUCCUCAUGCAAAUCUGCAACUGAAACAUUUUUUAUCUUAGUCAUCGAAAAUUUAACGCCUGAGAAUUAUAGACUCUGGAAAUUUGCCGAUCUGAUAGCAUCUGAUGACUAAAUAAGGCUGGCGAAGCGUCAUUUGACCAUCAUGUGCCCGACACCUGUCCUGAACAAUCAAAUGUUACCAAAUUGGCUAAUCUCAAACGGCUGUAAGCCGAAAAUGACAAAUUUCCUGUUAAAUGUGAAAAAUCUUUCAGUUGCAAAUUUUCUUGGGGAACAUAUUGAUAGCCUGUGGGGUGAUAAUCUUGGGUCAGCCUAUAUAUGUGACGUCACGCUUACCUUGUGGAUUGUUUCUAAUUUUCUAGUAAAAAUUACGUAUUGGAAUUCAUUAUCCGAACUGAGUCAGGUAAUAAAAUAUUACUAUCCACAUCAUCUAAUGCUUAUUUUUUUCCUACAAAAUGUAAUCACUUGUCUGCAUGAAUAUUACUCAAAAAUUAAAUGAUUGGUCGCUUGUCGCACAGUUUGAGGUCAAUGAAAUAUGGAACUCCUUGAACCCUCCGUUGAACUUCUGCGUGUCCAGAGACGUGUCUAUAUUUGUACAUAUUAUAUGUGUGUUAUUUUAUUUCAUUUAUUUUUUUAUUUUAUUUUUUUUUUACUCACAGACUUGAAGCUAGCUAUAAUAGAUAGGUACAUACUUGUAACGGGGUUGAAUCGAACCGCACAAAAAUAUAAUAAUCAGCCACAAAAUUAUUCUACAUUAAGUAUUAAAUGAAAUUAAAUUUACUGUAUGUUAGAAUACGAAAACUGGUCUGUGUCUGGUAGAAUAAUAAAUAAAAACCAUACUUGUUUGAAAAGCUAACUACCCAUUCAUUACUUUUUCCCGAUAAGAUACAAUAUUUAUGUGACCUAAAACUGCAUGAAGCGAAGCAAAAAAUUUUAAACGUCAUCUCACUUCCCGCCAUACUCAGAUAAUUAAUACGUUGAAAAUAUCCUCUAAAUAUUUUUAAAUAAGAACGAUUUUAUGUACAGACACGGCAUGAUAGAGGAUAUAAAAAAAGUUGAGAAACCGAUCUAUUGAUUUCUUUGUUUCCCGACCGUUGAGCGACUAAUCACGACUAAUCUGUUUAUUUUCUUUUACGCAAUUUGUUUUUCUCUGCGUUCUAAUGACAAGAGAGUGUCAAACUGGGCUGGAACAGUCUAUAGCCAUCGCGAAGUGAUCGCGUUAAAAACUUAAAAAUUGUAUUAAGAAAAAAAAAAAAAAAUGGAUUUAAAGGCCGUUGUUGUUCCCGGCGAGGCACCGGAAUCCGACGACGAAUCUGUCAACGUGACAACGGUA